ACGAUUCCCGCCUUGGAUUCGCGCCAUUAUUUUCAUCUUUUACUUAAAUAGAGGAUUGAGUGGUUCAGAUCUGUGUCUUGUUCCUCAGAUUAUAUAGAAACACAGCGACCGCGAUAGAGAGAACCUCAGAUUGGGAUGCUAUGUUUGGGAGAGUAAGAGCGUCGUCUGUUCCGGCAGACAGCUUGGAAAGACCGCCUUCCAAGAUUUUCAAAGACGAUUCUCUCUCAAUCUACGAGACUACGCUCAUGAAGCUUAGAUUGGGUUCAAAACGUAAUCUAAGUCUGUGCUCUAAUUCAAGUUCUCUUGAGUUGGAGCCAAUGAACAUAGAGGUGAACUGUGCUUCCUCCGGGACUUCAAGCUCUCCUGAUUUGGUUGCGGCCUCUCCACAGGAGGAGGUUAUGACAUUAGACAUGGAUUGUUCUUCAGAAAGAAGUUCAAUAACUUCGAGCGAUUGCGAUUCUGUAGGCACCUUGAAACAGCCAAGGAGUGCAGAGGUCUCGAUUCUCUACCUCUUCUCCAAAUUUAAGAGAGCUCACACUGCUGUCAGCUCGUCAUCAGGGGAGGCAAUGACUAUCGAUAGUGUCAGGCGUUUCCCCAAGUUCUAGUGGUUCUCAAUCUGUUAACAACACGGAACAACAAUCGGAACACGAAUGCAUCAGCUCUUUACCUGCCACUGAGAUACGUAUGCUCUGAUUGGGUUUAUCACAUGAAGAUGUCUAUAUAUGGUUGUGAAUAUGUGCCUACCGGGAUUAAUCCCGUCUCUCAAUCUCUUUGUUCAUUGGAACAAUUGCAAACAAAAACAAGAUAAUUGUGUAUGAUUGUUGGACAAUUUCUGUUGUAAUAUCAGAACCACAGGUCCCCGGUUCUGAGGGAAUGCAUUAUAUGUGAGAAAAUAUGGCAACUCCUACUUCACUUG